AUGUGUGGAGCAGAAAAUGCAAAUGCUGUCGCCCCGAGAGUCUUCAACGUGAAUUAUGUACGAAUUGGUGGAGGGUUAGAGUUGCACCUUGGCCUGUCAUGGGAUCUUGGUACAGUACAUACGCUUUAUGAAAAAACUAUAAGCAUAGGGAAUAAUUCCCUAACGCCACAAAUACAUUUAAAACAAAACAAUUGGAGCCAAAUUGUGACAACUCACAGAAUGGAAGAUAAUUCCCGCGUCAAACAGACAGCUCAAAAUGUUACCCCAUUAGGGUUCACAAGUAUCAAAAAUGUCGGUUAA